AUGGGCGUGCGCGUGGCCAGGCUUCUGCGCGCACCAACCCCACAAACGUUCUUCCUUGCCAUCCUCCUCAUCUCAUCAUGUACAAUCAUGUCCUCGCUUCAGUCGAUGGCCUCCGGUUCGCCGGACGCCAUAGACGCCUUAAUGCGGUUCAAGAACUCGUUAUCCAACAGCAAAUCUUUGGCCAACUGGGACCCGAACAAGAGCACACCAUGCAACGGACAUAGGGCCAAUUGGAUAGGCGUCCUUUGCUUCGACGGCAAGGUCCGUGGGCUGCAGCUCGAGAACAUGGGUCUAAAAGGGGUGGCGGACGUGGACUUGCUGGUGUCGUUGCCGCAUUUUCGGACACUUAGCUUCAUGAACAACACGCUGGCCGGGCCAAUCCCCGACCUAAAGCGGCUAAGCACUUUGAGAUCGGUUUACUUGUCGUACAAUCAUUUCUCGGGCGAGAUUCCGGACGACGUGUUCGUUGGUCUGCGGUUCCUCAAGAAGGUUAUGUUAUCCAACAAUGAGUUUCAAGGGAAGAUUCCUUCGUCGCUUGCGGCUUUGCCUAAACUUGUUGUGUUGAGGCUUGAUGGUAACAAGUUUAAUGGCCUAAUUCCAAAUUUUACUCAGCCCACCUUGAAGACUAUUAAUUUGUCUAAUAAUGAUUUGGAAGGUCAUAUUCCCGAAAGCCUCAGCAAGAUGGAUCCUACUGACUUUUUAGGUAAUAAAAAUCUAUGUGGACCUCCUCUUGAAUCAUGCAUGGCCCCAUCACUGACCAUGGCUACUGAUAACGUUACUUUGUCCCCGCCUCACACUGACAUCUACAAAAAGAAUUCACACCUUCUAAAAUUCGUGCUAAUUAUACUCAUCAUAAUCCUCAUAUUGGUUAUCUUUAUCUCCGCAAUCAUCAUAGCUUGUUCGAAUCGAAAAAGACCAUCGCCGCUGCUAGAUAGGACUAGCUCAACAAUGAACAUAUCUCAUCGUCACCACAACUCAGUUAUUAUGCGAUCCCUAGAGAACAACCAACAGGAUCCAAAGUUGGUGGCUGCCGCAGUGGCCAAUGCGAACAGCGCCACCAAAAGGACGGUAAUGGCCGGGGAAGGGAAAUUGACAUUUUUAAAGGAUGACAGGGAGAGAUUUGAUUUGCCUGAUUUGCUCAAAGCGUCGGCUGAGAUAUUGGGGAGCGGAACGUUUGGAGCUUCGUACAAGGCCACCAUUCACUGUGACGCCAUGGUUGUGAAAAGGUAUAAGCAAAUGAACAGUUUAGGAAGAGAAGAUUUUCAUGAGCACAUGAGGAGGCUAGGGAGGUUGGUUCAUCCAAACUUGCUCCCUCUCGUGGCUUAUUACUAUAGAAAAGAAGAGAAGCUCUUGGUUUAUGACUUUGUGGAGAAUGGGAGCUUGGCUUUUCACCUUCAUGGAAAUCAUCGUAAUUCGAACCAAUCAGCACUUGAUUGGCCGACGAGGCUGAAAAUCAUAAAAGGCAUAGCCAAAGGGUUGACAUACCUCUACAAAACCCUACCAAGUCUGGUGGUUCCUCACGGCCAUCUCAAGUCCUCGAACGUGGUCCUUGGCGAGAACUUUGAGCCAUUAAUGACAGACUAUGGCCUACUCCCGGCCAUAAACCUCGACCACGCCGAGUACCUCAUGAUGGCCUACAAGUCACCGGAGUACGCCAAGAUGCGGCGCAUCACCAAGAAGACCGACGUGUGGAGCCUGGGAAUUCUAAUCCUUGAAAUCCUAACAGGAAAGUUCCCGGAGAACUAUCUAACGCAGAGGUACGACCCCGAUGCCGACCUGGCGAGCUGGGUGAACCAGAUGAUCAAGGAGAAGAGAACGAGCCAGGUGUUUGAUGAGGAGAUGGGAGGUGUCAAGAACAGCAAGGCUGAGCUGCUGAAGCUCUUGAAGAUCGGUGUGAGUUGUUGUGAGGAGGAUCUGGAAAGGAGACUGGAUUUGAACGAGGCUUUUGAGAAGAUUGAGGACCUCAAUCAUCAUGAUGAUCAUCAUGCAGGAGAUCAUCUGUUUUCUCCGAUUGUUGUUAGUGGAAGAAAAUUAUCAUCGGAUCAAGAUGAUAGUUACAUUUCCAGAGCUAUGUGA